UGUUUUGUCCUGGGAAACUGACUUCAUCAUUUCAGCCGCUUUUCCCCAGCCAGAAUAUACAUACAUAUAUAUAUGUGCGACUUUCAAAGUUUGAAAGCAAACCAUUGAAUCUUUAUCGCAACAAAAGUCAAAUACAUAUAAAUCAAUGGCCGAUUUUAUAUACUUCUUGGUACUGUUUCUCACUCUGCCAAUCGAACUAGUAUCAGUAGUGCUGAAUAAGAAGAACCCAGAUGUGAGAUGGCUUCAAACCACUCUCUCGAUACAGAAUCAACAGUAGAUGUAAAUUCUACGGUUAAUGAUGAAGAAAAAGAAGCAGCAGUAGCUAAAGGCACAUGGAAGCACGCCGCUUUCCAUGUCGCCACCACCAUCGCCACCCCCGCCGCUUAUGCUCCUCUCCCUUUCGCCGUCGCUUCUCUCGGCUGGUAUCUCGGCGUGACUAGUUUGGUGGCUGGAACACUUGCCACAUGGUAUUCCAGUCUAUUGAUUGCAUCGUUAUGGAGAUGGAACGGGAAGAAACAGACUACAUAUCGACAUCUUGCCGGGAGUAUAUAUGGAUCCUGGGGUUUCUGGUCUAUUGCAUUUUUUCAGCAGGUGGCUUCCUUGGGUAAUAACAUUGCCAUUCAGAUUGCUGCUGGAAGCAGCCUUAAGGCAGUAUACAAAUACUAUCAUAAGGAUGGUUCCUUAACUUUGCAGCAUUUCAUUAUUAUUUUUGGGGCUUUUGAGCUUUUUCUCUCUCAGCUCCCAAACAUUCAUUCCUUGAGAUGGGUAAAUGCACUAUGCACUCUCAGCACUAUCGGUUUUGCCGGCACAACCAUUGGUGUUACAAUAUAUAAUGGGAAAAAGAUUGAUAGAAAAUCAGUUAGCUAUAGUUUGCAAGGAAGCUCCUCGUCUAAGAUGUUCAAAGCCUUCAGUGCCCUUGGCACAAUCGCCUUUUCAUUUGGAGAUGCAAUGCUUCCUGAAAUACAAAGUACUGUGAAGGAACCUGCAAAGAAGAACAUGUAUAAAGGUGUAUCAGUGGCAUACAGCAUAAUUGUUUCGACUUACUGGCAGUUGGCCUUUUUUGGUUUCUGGGCAUUUGGUACAGACGUUCAGCCUUAUAUUGUGGCUUCUCUUACUACUCCAGCUUGGACAACUGUUAUGGCUAAUCUAUUUGCUGUGAUUCAGAUAUCAGGAUGCUAUCAGAUAUAUUGCAGACCAACUUAUGCCUAUUUCGAGGAAAGAAUGCCAUCAGACAAAACUAAUAGCCAAUUCCUUCUCCAGACACGCCUCAUCCGCCUCAUGUUUACCUCGAUUUACAUUGUCCUUAUAACACUUGUUGCCGCGGCCAUGCCAUUCUUUGGUGAUUUCGUUGCGAUCUGUGGAGCUAUAGGAUUUACUCCACUAGACUUUGUCUUCCCGGUUUUAGCGCAAAUAAAAGCUGGUAGAACUCCCAGAAACAAAAUAAUGCGAUAUUCACUGCUGUCCCUCAACAUCACAAUCGCUGCCUGGUUCUCAGUUGUUGCAGUGUUGGGUUGCAUUGGUGCAGUCAAGUUUAUUGUGGAUGAUGUUGAAACUUACAAGUUCUUUCAUGAUAUGUAAUAAUGUUUGGGAGGGUUUAAUAUUAGAUGUGUUGGACAACAUCAUUAUAGGAGCUAUUUUAGCCCUCCAUAGAAUAUGAUAGUAGUGUUUUGGGGAUUGAUUUUAGGGAUUUUUUUUUAUAUUUAUCAUGUGUUUGUAUUCUUUCACCUCUAUUGAGGUGAUCAUUGUAAACGAAGUUAAGAGAGAAUAUAAUGAAAAAUAGGUAGCUCUUUA